CCUUGUCUCUCUUUUAUUAAAUUUUACCAUAAAACAUGUCCUCAAUGGAGAUGGAAAAGAAGGUUGGAGACUUCCAAGAACAAGGAAAUAAUAAUGCCUAUGAUUCAUAUAGUGUAGCCGAACUUGAAUACAGUGAAAAUGGUAUCAUUGAUGUCAAUCGUGAACAUGCUGGUUCAUCAUUUUUUGCUUACUUCAAUGUCGUCUGUGUCGUUGCUGGUACUGGUACUCUCGGUUUACCAUAUGCCCUCAGAAUGGGCGGCUGGAUAGGUCUCUUAAUUCUGUUCUUGUCUUGGACUAUGUCUAUGUAUACCGGUAUCAUUCUCAUUCGAUGCUUAUAUGCUAAUGGAAAGCAACGUUUACUCUCAUAUAAAGAAAUUGCUACCGCUUGUUUUGGCGCUAUUGGUGGCUGGAUCACCUUCUUCUUCAGCGCUUGGAUCACAUUAGGUGCUCCCAUCUUGUACAUGGUGCUUUCUGGUGAAAACUUAAACACACUCUGCAAAGGGACUGCUGGUGAAAUUGGUCAUGUCAAAUGGAGUAUUGUCGCCUCCGCUAUCGUUGCUAUUCCUUUCAUUUUGGUGAAGUCCAUGAAAGAAGUGGCCUGGAUGAGUGCUUUGGGCGCUCUUGCCACUGCUGUUGUUGUCAUCAUCGUCCUUGUUAUUGCUUGCCAAGAUUUGCAACAUCUUCCUCCCGCAGUUCACAGAGCAGUCAUUUGGGAUAAAUUUCCUAUUGCUCUCAGUACCAUCUCUUUCAGUUUUGGUGGUAACGCUGUCUAUCCUCAUGUCGAGGCUUCAAUGAAGAAACCAAAGCAAUGGCCCAGAGCUGUCGCUGGUGGUCUCAGUACCUGUGCUGCUCUUUACUUCCUCAGCGCUGUUCCUGGCUAUUAUGUUUAUGGUGAAAAUGUUUUGUCUCCCGUCUACAGCUCAAUCUCUGAUGGUGUUCCCAAAAUCGUUGCCAUCGUUGUCAUGACCAUCCACGUUAUGACUGCUACACCUAUCUUGGUUACUUCUUUUGCUCUUGAUGUUGAGGAAAUGCUCAAUGUUACCGUCGAACGAUUUGGCAAAGUCAAAGAAUUUUUGAUUCGUGCUACCAUCCGUAUCUUGAUUAUGGUCUUCGUUGCUGUCAUUGGUGCCGUCGUACCCUAUUUUGGUGACUUGAUGUCCUUGAUCGGUUCAUUUGCCAAUUGUGGUCUCAUCUUUAUUUUCCCCGUCGUCUUUUAUCUCAAACUCACUGGUAUUCGCAACAAACCCAUUUACGAACUUGCCUGGUGCUUCCUUGUUGUCCUUUUAGGUCUUGUUGGUCUUAUCUUUGGCACUAUUGAUUCUAUCAGGAUCCUUAUUGAGGAUUUCAAACAGUAAUUUUCUUUUUACACUCUUUUACUCUCCUUACAUAUAAUUAGUAUCUGUAAAUAAUAAACCUAUCAUGUAAAUAUAGAACUACAGUCUAAACAACACUACUUUUUAUUUUUUAUACACUUCUUUUCCAAAUCAAACGCAAAGUCGCAGUUGUCCAGACGUUUUUUCGCACAAUGAUAAACCAAAUGUAUUCACAAAGAAACUUUGUUCUGCAAGAACUUGGUCAAUCCACUCCCAAUAUAAGCACUGCACCUUUUUUAGAUUAUAUGUUUUCUAUUCAAAAACGAGCAGUAAAGAUGAGUAGGG